AUGAAUUAGUAACAGAAUCAACAACAAACUCCUAGGUUGAAAUUUCUUCAGGAAUUAUAGAACAAUUCAUAAUCUGAUAAUUGGUAAGAAGGAUCUGGAGCAAAAUAUGGAAAAUUAUUGUUUUUGAUAUUUCAAAUGAUUUUCUAUUGCAUAUUAGUUUAUAGUUUUGCAUUUGGAAAUCCUAAAGAGCUUGGAUAACCUUUUGAUAUUGACAGUAUGUUUAUAUUAAAAAUUUAAAGAUUCUCCAUGUGGGGCAGGUACUGGAAAAGAAGAAUAUAAAUUUGCAUAUUUUGUUAACCCUGAUAGUGAAGAAUUCUUAUAUAGAACAUUGUGUCUUAAGGAAUGUCCUUAAGUAGAAAAUAAAAUGGCUGAAGCUGAUGGUAAUGAAAUUGAAUAUUAUAUUUAGAUUCUAUUGUAUUAGAUUGUCAUCCAAAUAUAGAAAUUGCAUCAUGUGAUGUUCGUAUUCAACCUGAUCAUCCUGAAUAUAAUGUUCUAUAUUAUGAUACAAUUCCUUUUAUUAAUGUUUGUGCACCAACUGAAAAAUCACGAUUAUAAAAUGUGAUGAAAGCUCUUUAAAAGCCCUUCACUGUAAGAGUAUUAUCAGACUUUUAUAAUUCAAAAUUAAUUUUUAUUGGAUUAGCAUUAUUAGCACUUGGAUUAAAGUAUAUAUAGUUUUAAUAUAUAUUUAUAGUUUUCUAAUUAUCUAUAAAAUAGAUGAUUAUCCACGUCUUGUAAUUUGGAUAAUAGUAAUAAUAGCAAUUUUAGGAUUUUUUGGAAAUGGUGUUUUAGGAUUAUUAUAUGCUAAAAAUUUAUAAAUUCAUGGACAGAUAGAAUAAGAAAAUAAAUUAUCAAAAGAAUAAGUUAUUGGUUAUUUGCAUUCAAAUUAUGUUAAUUCAAAUACUAUAUUUAUAAUUAGCAUUAUUUUUAUGUUGUUUGGUUUGAUAGUUUUUAUUUUUACUAUUAUUUGGAGAAAGAAUAUAACUACAGUUGGAUAAAAGGCUGAAAUUAUGAAUAAUUACUAUUUAAUUUCACAACCAGAUUAAGAUGUGAAUUAUUUAGAAUCUUUAUUAAAAGUUUUUUUAGGUUUAACUGUUUUAUUGGCAGUUUUCUUUAUGUUUAUAUUGAUGGCUCUAUUUUAUUUAUUUACAACUAGUUAACCUAAAAAUGAAUAACAUUAAUUAGCUUUUGAAUCAUUUUAGAUUGAUAUUAUUGAAAUUAUAUUCUUUACAAUUAUAGCUAUAGAAUUAGUAUUAGUUCCAUUUCUUGUAAUUGGAUUUAGUAAAUUGUUAGUAAUUAAUAUUAUUAUUGAAAUAUAUAAACAAUAAAUUUUAGAAGUAGAUGAGUAAUUUUUAAAUGAUAAAAAUUUAACUCUUAAAUAAAGAUCUUUAUAAGAUUGUAUAGGGAAAACUGUUAGAUAUCAUUUUGGUGAAUUGAUGUGGGGUAUGUUUAGAUUGUACUUUGCUUUUUGUUCUAAACCAAUAUUUUUGAGUGGAUUUAGAUCCUUUAUAUCUGUAUGUUUGACAUAAAAAGGUUUUUUGUAAUCAGCAUAAAAUUAAUUGGAUUAUGAUUAAUAAUUAUAAAACAAAAAUAGAAAACACUAUUAAGGAUUAGAUUAUUAAUUAAUCAUAAGUUUUGGUGUUUCUAAUACUUGUAUUUUAGUAUAUAUGGUAUUAUUACUUUAUUCACCUGUUUGUCUAGCAAUACAUACUCCUCCAAAUUAAAUUUUGGCAAUUUACCUCUUUACUUUUAUGGUAACACCAUCUUUUAAUUUUCUAGAUAUCUUAUUUGUUUUCGACACUCUAUGGUAUGGGCAUGGAUACACUUAAUUUUCUGCUUUACAAGGAUUUAAAUAAUGAGCCUAAUAAUUAUAUUGGAUCUAGUGUCUAAGCUUAAUUUAGAAUGAUAGCACUUCCUUAGAUAUCUAUGCCAGCUUAAGAAGUAGAAGAAUUUUUAAAUAAUGAAAUUGAUAAAUUUUAAGGAUUUUAAGAAAAUUUAAAUUGA